AUGCAGGACGUCGACGCGGGCACCGAGCCGUACGCGGCCGCGCACCGCCUCCUCGUGGGGGGCACGAGCUUCACGCACUACGUCUGUCAGGGGCCGCUCGACCCCGUAGACGUCCCGAGCCUGCGCGUCGCCGGCUUCGACGCGGCGUUGCACCGCCACAGCGACAGCGCUCCCAUCGCCUCGAUGCUGCAGGGUUACUCGUCGGGCGUCGUUCCUGCCCACGAUCUGCAGCUGGGCCACGGUGGGCAAAUCCCGCAAGAGCGGCGGGACCGACUUCCGGCAACGAUUGAAGUGGUCUUGAACACCAAGUUUUAUGCGUACGAUCUCGCGCCCGUGCUCUCGCACCUCGCUGUCGGCAGCGCCUCGUCGAUGCCGCUUUUGACGCCGGCAGUGCGGACGAUGAAGAGUUUUGGGACGCUGCUCGUCCUCUUGCCGACGUUCUCUGAUGGCGGCCUCGUGACGGUCACGUACAAGACGUAUUCGACGCCGCUGGUGACGAGCUCAACCAGCGCCACGUUCGCGGUCGUGCACCGCAGCGCUUCGGUGUCGAUGGCGCCCGUCACGGCCGGGCACGUCGUUGUCGCUGUCUUUGAUCUCGUUGGUCAGAAACCGCCGCAGAUGGGGCCUCCUCUCUCGCCCGCGUUUGAGGCCGCAGUCGCGGCCUUGAUCGACGUGGCGUCGGCACCUCCGGUCGCCCACAACAUGAUUGGCUUUGCGGUUCGGCGCGGCCUUCGUUUUGAGGGGUUCAGUCACUGUAAUCCUCAGGAUGCGGCGUUCCUGGCGGCGCUCCUUGAGUCCAAGGCCUUUGACGUUGCCGGUGUGCUCGUGCAGCCGCGCCUCGGCAACGCGGACGCGCCUCAUGAGAUUCAUUCUGGGACGAUGCACCCGGCGCUGGGGCUUAAACCCAACGUGAUGGCGGGCUGUGUGGGCCAGGAGGUGCCGGCCUUCCUCGGCAACGUCGAGGCUGAUUUGCUGCGCGACUCGGAGGCGAAGAUGUGCUUUGUCUUUUGGCCAACGGCUCGUCGAUCGUGCGUUCUCGUCUUCGAAGGAAGCGCCACCUUUCUCGGGGUCAUCGCCGACGCGGGUCUUCGCCGUCGCUGCCUCGAGCACUUGCUUGAUGAUGCGGACGGCCUUGUGUCUUCGGUCAUCUGCAACGAAUAUAUGAGCGAUGAGAUCUGCUUCUCUGUCGGCGUUGGUCGACACGUGAACGACAUUGGCGACAUUGAUCUCGUCAAGCGCUUCUGGGCCCUGCGCGCGACCGUGGUUUGCGAAGAUCACCUUCAUCUCUUUGCGCCGACGGUCCAUCGCGCGCUCGAGCUCUUUGGCGUCGACGCCCUCAUGCCGGCGCUCGAAGCGCUUCUCUCAAGCUGGCAAACGACGUGGGCCGGCUUCGCGAGCGGCGUCCGCCUUGUCGCGAGCCUCGUCGGCGUCUCGAACGAGGCCGUCUGCUUGCGCCUCCCGCUCUCGGCUCCGCAUCUGCCGCCGUUUAAUGAGCUUGCGCUGCGCCUCUACAAGGCUCUCUUCCCGACACCAUCGCCUCCCAAAUCGCCACCGCUAGACCUGAUUGAAGAUUACCCACCGAAGCAGCUCUUCCAGGCGGCGCUCGUCAACGCCGCGCGCCUCGAAGCCUACCUCUGGGGCGAUCCGCUGCACGGCAUGAUGCUCCCAGAGCACGCCAAGCUCGUAUACGCGUACCGCCCGCCGUCGUGCUUGGAAGCGCUCGUCGUCAAGGAGAUUGCUUUCCACCCGUGGACGGUCUUGGCGCCGGUGGUUCUCGCGCUUGCGCCGACCCGCGUCGCAUGGUGCGACGCGCUCUUGCGGGCCAAUGCCACGACUUGCGAGGCUGCACCGUUCGACGUCGACGCUGUGGAAUUGAUUGACGAAGAAGACAAAGUCGUCAAGGUUGUCGCCAGCGAUGCGGCCAACGUGCUUUGCGCCCUCGAUGCCAUGGACGCACUCGACUUGGCGACGCUGCAGCGUAUCUUGGCCAUGGCGCGCCGCACGGCGUCGAAAGCACUCUGGAUGUUUUUCAACGCAGUGCCGGCGGCGGCCCCGCGCUACCUCGACCUCGUCCUCUCGCGUGUGGUCGAUCCCGAUGCGGCGACGCUGCGGGACAUGGUUCUGAACAAAAAGAACUACACGAUCGAGACGCUCGCACGCUGGUCGCCGGCGUCGCUCGACCCGCUGCAUGGUUUGAUGUCGGGCCGCGACAACAACCCGGACCUGCACCGCGCCUUUCUGCACCGCCGGCAGCGAGCGGCGACGCCUUUCGACCGAGAGCUCGCGCUCACGACGCUCCGCGCCCUCGAGGCCGAGGACUACGUGGUGCAAAACGAGCCGGUGGCCGUGGACGUUGACCUUGAGCCUUGCCGCCGGCACUGCGCCCGCUGCUAUACAUUCAGACACUUCCUCUGCUCGCCGGAUGAGGUGACGUGGAACAGCUCACGGCCAGUGUGCGACCCCAUCAGCCGGUUUGCCACGAACCACGCUCAUGUGAUCGACAUGAUCUACAUGUACGAGCUGACCGUCGUGACGAAGCGGCUGCCCCAGCGCGAGCGCCGCGACCAAGGUGCCAUCAUGAUGGAUUGGCUCCAGCGACGCCUCGCCCAAGACAACGACGCGCACCAGUGCGCCAACACCGUCGAUGGCAACAACACCGUCGAUGACGCCGAUGACGAGCCCGCGCCUAAGCGCGUCAAGGCGCAGUAG